AUUAUGGUCCCAGAGCGAGGUCAAAAUAAUAUUGGGUAGUUAUCCAUUGCCCACAUUGGAAAACACGAUACCACCUCAAGAAUUUCAUUGCCAUCAAGAUUCUGAAAGUUUUUUCAUAAGAUGGCUACAAUUAUAAGUGGAAAAGAGAUAGCAAAAAAAAUAAGGGAGCAGGUUGGAAAGGAUGUUAAAGUGCUAAAGGAAACUUCUGGCCUCAAACCUGGUCUUGCAAUUGUUCAGGUUGGUAAUAGAGAAGACUCUAAUGUGUAUGUCAAAUCGAAAGUCAAACAAGCAACAGAGCUUGGAAUGAAUGCAAAGCAUGUCAAACUUCCAAAUACAGUUUCACAAGCAGAGGUACUUGACAGGAUCCAGGAACUAAAUGAAGACCCAGAUUGUCAUGGCAUUAUUGUCCAACUUCCUUUGGAUUGUAUGGAGAACAUUGAUUCAGCCUUGUGCACCAACAAGGUUAUUCCAGAGAAGGAUGUAGAUGGUAUCAAUGAUAUCAAUGCUGGGCGAUUGUCACGUGGUGAGCUCGGUAACUGUUUUAUUCCUUGUACACCUAAAGGAUGUUUGGAGUUAAUAAAAGAAUCAGACAUUAAAGUUCAAGGUGCAAAUGCUGUUGUACUUGGCAGAAGCAAGAUUGUUGGUUCUCCUAUGGCAAAUCUUUUGACGUGGAAUCAUGCUACAGUUACAAUUUGUCAUUCUAGAACAAAGAAUUUGCGUGAUGUUGUAAGAAGUGGAGAUAUUGUUGUUGCUGCAGUUGGUGUAGCUGAAAUGGUCAAGGGUGAUUGGAUUAAACCAGGUGCUGUUGUUAUUGACUGUGGUAUAACAGCAAUACCAGAUGCAACCAAGAAAAGUGGUCAAAGACUGGUUGGUGAUGUAGACUACAAUGAAUGCAAGAAAGCAGCUGGAUGGAUAACACCUGUUCCAGGAGGCGUUGGUCCAAUGACAGUUGCUAUGUUGCUAGCAAAUACUGUUGAAAGUUGCAAAAGAUAUGCCGCUCAUUCAGUUCCACAAAAGGCUGGACUGUCAAUGGGUUUAGAAGCAAUGAAGCUUAUUCGUAGAAUUGCAAGAGUGAGAUUCUAAACGGAUUUGUUGAAUUCCUUCAACUGUAAAAGUGAUGCCAUCAAAUGCUUGACCUUAAAUAGCUUCUUUUUAAGUGUCAAUGAAAUACUUUGUGAAAUUUUUUUAUAUAAUAGAUAUUUUUAAGCUUGAUUACACAAUCCAUAAAUGAUUGGAGUUUUUUAAAUAGGUAUGAAUGAAGUGAUUCAAUUUACAUGACA